AUGUUUGUGUUAUCUGUUCUUGUCGCCACAGUGGCUGCCUCAUAUCCACCAACAAAUACUGGUGGCUCAAAUUAUCCAGCUCCUCCACAACUUCCACCUGUUUACCCAUAUCCAUAUCCAUAUCCCCCACCAUACCACGGCGGUUGGGAUCAUGAUCACGACUACGAUAAUCAUCAUCGCAAUCCAUGCGGUAACAUCGCGUUCUAUCUUCCAAGUCAUCCAGGUGUUUUGAACGAGGCAUUCUACACACCAACCGUCAGAUAUAUAAGAUCGGGAAGAGGAAGAAUUCAAGCGUUGUUGGCAUGCGAUGCAAAUGGACAAACUGUCAACGGUCUUUUCGCUAAAUAUAACUCAUCAAGCGAGCUCAAACAAAGUUAUUUGCUUAGUUUCGGAACAACCGCCGGAGCUACUCUCACUUGUCAAAGAAACCGAACGUAAGAAAUUCAGAUUUUUUUUUAAAAAAAGCAUCUGCAACUAUUAUAUUUCAGCUACACUGGAAGUGCUCUUGUAAACUCACCACCAGGAUAUAGCAAAAAUGUCAGUGUUUUCGAAGUCGCCUGUCUUCGUCUUGACAAAACAUUCCUUGGAUUUGGAGCUAAUUCAGCUAUUGAAAACCUUGAAUCUGACUUGGCUGCAGAAUACAAUACCGCUGGUUCUAGAAAGGUUGGCUGGAAAUUUUUCCAGAAUAACAUUUGAGUUUGAUUUACAGAAACGUGAGGCUGGAGAAUCUGCCACAGAAGCUUCAACUGUAGCCGCAACUGAAGCCCCAACAGCAGCUCCAACCCAAGCUGCAACAGAAGCCGCCACCCAAGCAGCCACCGAAGCCGCAACCGAAGCAGCCACUCAAGCCGCAACCGAAGCCGCGACUCAAGCCGCAACCGAAGCUGCCACUCAAGCCGCAACCGAAGCUGCCACUCAAGCCGCAACCGAAGCAGCCACUCAAGCUGCCACAACCGCCGCCCCAGCUUCCAACUCCUCAUCCCCCCUCGGUGGAUUAGGCGAUGUUUUCGGUGGAUUGUAA